AUGCGAACACUUGCCGCCCUUUGCUGCCUGUUAGGCGUGGCGGCAGCAAUGCGUCAGCAAGCUGUGGCCAUCCACGGCACCCUUUUGUGCGGGAGCAAGCCGGCAGCUGGUGUCACCGUCAAGCUGUGGGAUGAGGAUGAUGGACCCGAUCCGGAUGAUGAGCUCGACAAGAAGCAAACCGAUUCGAACGGGGAAUUCCGUCUGGCUGGAUCAACCCGCGAGCUAACCUCCAUCGACCCGGUGUUCAAAAUCUACCACGACUGCGAUGAUGGCAUCAAGCCCGGUCAGCGCAAAGUCAAGUUCCGCAUCCCCUCCAGCUACAUCUCCUCCGGUGGCGUCGCCUCCAAGACGUUCGAGAUUGGAACGCUCAACCUCGAGACCAUCUUCCCCAAGGAGGAGCCCCUUUUUGGGGCAUCGCUUGGUCUUCUUCACCAAUCCAUAGCUGUCAAGGGAAAGCUCCUGUGCGGCUCGAAGCCGGCCACAGCGGUCCGUAUCAAAUUGUGGGAGGAGGAUGGCGGCCCGGACCCGGAUGACCUACUAGCUCAGGGAUAUACAAAAGAAGACGGUAGCUUCCACCUGGAGGGUGGAGAAGCCGAGUUGACCCCAAUUGAUCCGGUGUUCAAGGUGUACCAUGACUGCGAUGAUGGUAUCAAGCCCGGGUACCGUAAGGUGAAGUUCCGCCUUCCGAAGAGCUACAUUACACAGGGGAAGAAGGCGCUCAAGAUUUUCGACCUCGGCUCGCCGAACCUCGAGACGAUCUUUGCCGAGGAGGAGCGAGAAUUGAUCCUUUCU